AUGAAAACGACGGUCACUGUGGGCGCCAUAAUAAUCAGAUUGACAACGCCGAUGAGUCCAGACGAUAUGCAGUUCAAAGUGCUUCUUUGGCAGCGCUUCUGUGCCUGCACUAAAUCAGGCUUACUGUUGAAGAUGCGUGUGGAUCUGGUUGGUCAUGCAGAGGCUGAGUGGGUUUGUUUGCCUGAGACAUGGAUCACUUUGGAAGGAUACGGAAUGCAUCUACCAAUGACGAGGAAGUGCGUUAAUCCAGCCAAAGGACAAACGAAAAUGCAAAACGCAUGUCCCCGUUUCCCAUAUGAUAAGAUUCGACCACAGUCAUUCACCGUUGUGGUCACGAGGCACAGCGCGUGUGUGUGUGCGUGUGUGUGUGCGGUUAAAUUGACCGAUUCUCAAAAGAUUAGUUUUGAUUUUCCUGUCAACUCGUUUACGUUGGCGACCGAGCCGGUACCGUCAGCGAAAGCAAUGCAACACUCAAGACCGAUCGCCACUUCAGGGAGCCAGUCCCUGGUUGGGGUUUCUAAUUUGCUCGUUCAAACUUCAGAUUGUAGCGGGCUCAUGGAAUUAGUGAUAAACGAAGCCAGUGAGUGCAGACUUCACAUUGAUAGUGUAGAGAAACAGGAGUUCCUUUGA